AGGAUCUGGUGAUGUUUCAGAAAGCCCAACAGGAGCACAGUUUCAUAGCUGAGAACAGCUUGAGGUUUUUUCCCUGGUGAUGAAAAUGGACCAGAUUCAGAGAUGAAGAUGUUAAGUGUGAAGAAUUUCAACUUGAUUCUUGAGGACCUAAGAAAUGUUCAUGAGAAGAAACAUCUUAGUGGGACUAGAGGACUGGGAGUGGGCAAAUAGACCAACGGUGGGCUGCAGUUACAUGUUUGCAUGACAGGGUACCAAAGAACUUCAAAUGGGAACAUCUCUGGUCACUUCCUUGAUGUCUUUGGACAAAGUCCUGCCUUGAGGUUCUCCUUCUCCAGUCGCCAAUUAUUUCAGAAAGAGUUGUCUGCAAUGGCCACCCUGCAGAAAUCUGUGAACUCUUCCCUUAUGGGGAUUCUGGCAGCCAGCUGCUUCCUCAUGGUCUUGUUGGUGCAGGAAGGAGUAACUGUGCCCAUCAGCUCCCACUGCAAACUUAACAAGUCCAACUUCCAGCAGGCCUACAUCAUCAACCGCACCUUCAUGCUGGCCAAGGAGGCAAAUUCAGCAGACAACAACACAGAAGUUCGUCUCAUUGGGGAGAAACUGUUCCGUGGAGUCAAUAUGGGAGAACGCUGCUAUCUGAUGAAGCAGGUGCUGAACUUUACCCUUGAAGAAGUGUUUUUCCCCAAUUCUGACAGAUUCCAGCCCUACAUGCAGGAGGUGAUCUCCUUCCUAGACAGGCUCAGGAACAAGCUCAGCUCCUGCCACAUCGAGGGUGAUGACCAGCAUAUCCAGAACAACGUGCAAAAGCUGAAAGACACGGUGAAAAAGCUUGGAGAAAGUGGAGAGAUCAAAGCAAUUGGUGAAGUGAAUUUGCUUUUUAUGAAAAUGAAAGAAGUCUGUGCUUGACCAGAGCAAAGCUGGAAAAUGACUGAAUGAUGUUUUUGCUUGUUAAAAAUAGCAAUUCCCCAAGGGCUUUUUAAAUUUUUUUUCCCAAAAGGAAAAUGAG